AGCACAUCGACCGUCUUCCCUACAGGAACCCAGUCUGUUGGAACCGUGUUUGUGGCCCAUCCAAGAUUCGCACGGUUCGUCUCCAGGACCACCGGUCACUCGGCGGCUGGCUUUUCCACGACGACCUCACCCUCGCUCAGCGGCACGGAGAUCAUCGGCAUGGUUAUCUACUACACACCCUUCGACGCCGUGUCGGCAACUUCGACUUCCUCCGACAUUUUGCCCAGCUCAGUAGCCACGACAACGCCUGCCCCGGCCUCGUCCGCAGCGUUCGCCACGCUUAUCAGCACUUACUCCGGCUCUACUCCGACGACCACGACCAUUGCUCCCACUGGAACUGACACCCAGGGCACCGUCAUCGUCUUGGUACCAAGCUCGACUGAUGGGUCUGGUUCGGCAUCAACUGAUGGAUCUACCGCUGUCACGACCGCUGGGCCUGCCGUGACCUCGGCAGCAAAUGCCGGCUUUGCGACGCUCAUCAGCACCUACGGAGGCUCGGUGACUUCGACCUCGACGCUCCUCUCCCCGGGAGCCACUCAGGGUACCCUUGUCGUCCUGGUCCCAAGCAGUUCUGCCAACGCCGGAGUAUCUUCCGCUGGCGCAUCGGUCGUCACAAGCCCGGCCGUCGACCCGUCUGCGGCUUUCGCGACUCUCACCUCCAUCUACGGGGGCUCUGUCACCUCGUUCCAGACUCUGCUGCCCUCCGGCAACGAUGCAACCGGCACUGUUGUGGUUUUCGUCCCGAGCAACGUGCCGGCGUCUCCCGCCAUUACCCCAAGCGCCAGUAUUGUCACGGUCACGUCGACAUACGGCGGAUCCGUCGUAUCGACGGCCAUCACGUCGCCGGGUCGCCCCGGGGACCCCGCAACCGCCGUGGUCUAUGUUCCUAGCAGUAUCAUUUCCCCGGCCCCUGUCGGGAACAGCCUACUCACGACUCUGGUAUCCACGUACUCUGGUCUGGUCCCGUUGACGAGCACACUGGCCCCGGUCAACGCGAACGACGUAACAACCGUCGUUGUUCUGCUCCCAAGCUCUGCCAGCGCGGCCACCGGGGCGACGCCCUCUGAAACCGCCUCGGCGUUGGCUGCCGGCCUCUACACGAGCACCUUCUAUGAUGGCUCAGUCACGCUCACUUCCACUUUGCCUUCCGGAUCGGCGGGCGGAUCGGGAGCUACGAUUGUCUACAUCCCUACCAACAACGCGGCGCCCUCUUCCACCGCCGCCAACAAUGUGGGCGGUUUGUUCACGAGCUUCUACGACGGCUCCGUCACUUCCACCUCCGUCUUAUCAACGGGGCUCCUUGGCCAGCCUGGUGCAACGAUCAUCUAUGUUCCGAGCCCUUCUGCUACUCCGGCUUUACAGAAUGUCUUGACCAGUACCUACGGAGGUUCAGUCACGUUGACUUCUGUCAUCCCGAGCGGCCCCCUGGGACAGCCUGAACAGACUGUCGUUUUCGUCCCGAGCUCUUCUGCUACUCCAGCUUUACAGAAUGUCUUGACCAGUACCUAUGGAGGCUCAGUCACGUUGACUUCU